ACACUAAAGCCAAGAUCAAUACGUCAAAGUCCAACCCAGACAACCUCGGCAUCAAACUCUCGAGUCUCAAUUAUUUAUUUAUUUACGUACCUAAGGUAUUUUCUCGAAACCGCGCGGCGAGCCUCCCAUUUUGCAUUUUUGCCUCCAUUAACCCGCCAUUCUUUGCCAUUUGAAUUUAUGUUCUCCGUACCUACCUCCUAACAUAUUCUCUGAUUGUCCUUUCGUUGGCGUAGAGCGACUUUCUUGAAACCAGCAUUUCCACAGUUCCGCUCGUUAUCUCGUUUUCUAAGUAUUACGGCCAGCGAUCUCAAACUUGAAGAUAUAUAUAUUUUUUACACAUUCAAAACCAAACCCAAUGGCUGAAGGAGAAGAAGGACAGCAACAACAAGAGCAACAAGAGCAUCAACCCAAAGUAACACCACCACCAUUCGACCCCGGCACCACCACCACCUCCUCCUCCUCUACCGAAUCCUGCCCCUUCUGCUCCAUCGCCCACUCCUACCCCCCAUUCCCACCCUCCUCCCCUCCUCCCUCCUCCUCCCCGACCCUCGACCCCGCCAAGCUCGCGCCCCAAGCCUUCGUCGUCCACUCGACCCCCACCCUCGUCGCCUUCCUAGACAUCAUGCCCCUGUCCCGGGGGCACCUGCUCCUGUGCCCGCGCGCGCACCGCGGCACGCUGACGGACGUGACGGCGCGCGAGGCCGCCGAGCUCGGCGCCGCCCUGCGGCUGCUGUCCGCGGCCCUGGUCCGCGCCACCGCCGUCCCCGACUGGAACGUCGUCCAGAACAACGGCGCCGCCGCCGCCCAGGUCGUCCGCCACGUCCACUACCACCUCAUCCCGCGCCCCGAGAUCCGCGCCGCCGGCCGCGCCCGCGAGAGCUUCACCAUGUUCGGCCGCGGCGCGCGCGAGGAGCUCGACGACGACGAGGCCGCCGCGCUCGCGGAGGAGGUUAGGAGGUGCGUGGCUGAGGUGUUGGAGAUGGAGGCUGGGAAGGGGAAGUUAUAAUAAUAGUUUAGGUAGGUACCUAAGUUUACCUACGAUUUUUGUUUGCUUGUUUUUUUCAUCACAACACGUCCUGUCUUAUUCUCGGUCAAAGAAUAAUCGAAUUAACAUGGUGAGAUUUGGAUUGUUUUUGCUUCAUUAUUAAAUUGACAUCUAUCUAAUCUACCUAUCUAUUUGUCCAUUUCAUCAUCUAAAUGCGCCAGGCUUCUUCUAACCCGAGUCGUAGUCUAUCAAGACUGUUAAAUUUUCAGAGAAAUAAAACACGCACACAACAAAGAAACAUCACUCGUCGUCGCCGAAGAAAACCUUGAUCGGCAGCCAGUCGUCGCCGCAGA